AAAAAAAAAAAAUCCUACUUUCUGUAAACAGAAAGAUUUGUUAGUUUCUCUCUCUCUCUCUCUCUCUCUCUCUCUACACCCAUUUAUUUCUUGCUUUCUUCACCCUACCAUUCUUAGUACUGACUCUUUGGGACAAAAUAAGAAGGAAAUCUCGACUGCCAGAUUCUUAGCAAUGUGUGAAUUGUGAAAAAUCAUUUUUUGAAAACCAUUUACUACUAAAAGAAAGAAAGCCCGACACCAAGGUGGUGUCUUAUCCUCCCUCCAUGGCUCUGAGUUUUCAUGCCGGAGCUGAAGCUUUUCUGGCGGUGGUGGUAAUGGUGGUGGUGGCUCUUCUCCAACCUAUAAAUGUGGUGGAAGCAAUAAUAGAAAAGAGUGGUGGGUGUGAUUACUUCCAAGGGAGUUGGGUUUUCGAUGUGUCUUAUCCUCUGUACGAUACUAACAAAUGCCCAUUCAUCGAAAAAGAAUUCAACUGCCAAAAGAAUGGUCGACCAGACAAGCUCUAUCAAAAAUACAAAUGGAAACCCAGUGACUGCAAUUUACCCAGGUUCGACGGUCAGGAUUUCUUAAAAAGAAACAAGGGGAAGAAAAUCAUGUUUGUGGGGGACUCCUUAAGCCUAAACCAAUGGCAGUCGCUGACAUGCAUGCUUUAUACAUCAGUACCAAACGCCAAAUACACCGAUGUGAGAAGAGAAAGCCUCUCCAUUUUCACUUUCACGGAAUACAACGUUUCAGUGAUGUUCUUCCGAUAUGCAUUUCUAGUGGACAUAGUAGCCGAAAAGAUUGGCCGGGUUCUUAAACUUGACUCCAUUGAGGGCAGCAAAAUAUGGCAGGGUGCUGAUACUCUUAUAUUCAAUUCAUGGCAUUGGUGGCUCCACACUGGAAGAAAGCAACCAUGGGACUUUAUUCAAGAAGGAAAUAAGUAUUACAAAGACAUGGAUCGCUUGGUUGCCUAUGAGAAGGGUUUAUCAACGUGGGCCAAAUGGAUAGACUCCAACGUUGAUCCUAAAAGAACCAAUGUCUUCUUCCAAGGGGUUUCUCCUGAUCACACUAAUGGGAAUGAUUGGAAUGAGCCACAAGAAAACUGUGGGACGCAGAAACAACCAGUUUCUGGAUCAAGGUAUCCAGGAGGUCCACACCCGGCAGAGAUCGUAGUGAAAAAAGUGUUGAGUAGGAUGGUGAAACCAGUAUGUUUGCUGGACGUGACAUUGCUCUCACAACUAAGGAAAGAUGGACACCCCUCAGUUUAUGGGUAUGGUGGGCACUUGGACAUGGACUGUAGUCACUGGUGCCUUGCUGGUGUUCCUGACACUUGGAAUCAGAUCUUAUAUGCAGCAGUCCUCAGCCAGCAUUAGACUACAAAACAAAGGGCAAAUGAAGAAUUUUAUUUUCUCUUUCUUGAAAUUUUAUUUUCCAAAUUGAAACUGGCAUUUCCAUUUGUUAAGAACAAAGAAUAAAAUUCCCAUUAUAAUUAUUGAAAAGUUCACUUCGAGUGUUCUUCCUAA